AGCUAUUGAGACAUACAUCCCGGGUGCGACUUGAAGCGAGGCUGACUUGAUCAUCUUCAGACUUGAUCAAAUAUGACACUCAGUACCUGGGACCCAAGAUCCAGCUCAUGCUGUCCCAGCUGGAGUUCAAGCUGAGUGUAGAGAAGCAGUACAAAGCGGGUAUUGAGAAGAUGGUUCGCUUGUAUCAGGAUGAGGGAGAUCGCAAGAGUCGCGCCGAUGCUGAGGGCCGGCGGAUUGAGAGUAACCAGAAGAUCCAGUUGCUGAAGCAGGCCCUGAAGCGAUACGAGGAUCUUCACGUCGACAUCGAAUCAGCAGACAGCCCUGAUGAUGAGAGCCUAAGCACACCGAACCUGCGUAAGCCGCUCACAGGUCUGCUAACUAUGCGCAUCCAUGCCGUGCAAGAUGUAGAUCAUGCCACCAGCUCCAGGUUCUCGCGAGGCCCGGAAACUUUCGUGGUUCUGAAAGUGGAGGAUACCAUUAAAGCGCGCACGAAGCCGACACGGACCGAUAGAUGGCAGGAUGAAACCUUCCACCUGGAGAUUGACAAGGCUAACGAAAUCGAACUCACCGUAUACGAUAAGUCUGGCGAUCGGCCUACCCCGAUCGGCAUGCUGUGGGUGCGCAUUUCGGACAUUGCCGAGGAGAUGCGUCGGAAAAAGAUCGAAACGGAGUUCAAUGCAUCGGGGUGGGUUUCGGCGGAAAAGAUGGGACAUGGAGGACAGCCCGGGCGGCCCGAUACUGCGGGAGGAACGGGCUCAUCUCAAGGUGGCUCCGGGGGUCCUGCGGGGCCGGGUGGUCAGGGUGGUGCGGCCGGCGCACCGGGUGCUGGCCAGGUCAUAAUUGAUUCUUGGUUUGCGUUGGAACCAGUUGGUCGUAUCCAGCUGUCCAUGAGUUUCGCCAAGCAACUGAAAGACCGACGCCCGUUCGACAUUGGUCUCAACCGUCAAGGUGCUGUUCGUCAGAAGAAGGAGGAAGUACACGAGAAGCAAGGCCACAAAUUCGUCACGCAGCAGUUCUACAACAUCAUGCGCUGUGCGCUUUGCGGCGAUUUCCUGAAGUAUGCCGCCGGUAUGCAGUGUGCUGACUGCAAGUACACCUGUCACAAGAAGUGCUAUCCCAAGGUUGUCACCAAGUGUAUCAGCAAAGCCAACUACGAGACGGACCCGGACGAAGAGAAGAUCAACCACCGGAUUCCGCACCGUUUCGAAGGUUUCUCCAACCUUUCAGCCAACUGGUGUUGCCACUGUGGAUACUUGCUGCCGUUCGGACGCAAGAACGCAAAACGCUGUACAGAGUGUGGUCUCACGAGUCACGCCCACUGUACCCAUCUCGUGCCCGACUUCUGUGGCAUGUCUAUGGAAGCAGCUAAUCAGAUCUUGGAAACUCUUAUUCGGGCCAAGGUUCAUAAUAAGUCCCCCUCGGUCAGCUCUGCUAGUGGUCUUAGCAACCGCACUUUGCGCGCUCCUCAAACUCCGCAGGAUAAUACAUCCAUGACCUAUCCGUCAAAACCUGUCGAGCAGUACGAGCCAGCACGGCCACCCGCUCCGGAGGCUGUGAGCGCUGCGUCUAUGUCAUAUAAACCUCCGCAGUCCCCGACCACCCCUCAAGCAUCCCAGACAUCUCCCAGGACCUCAGCUUCGGGCGGUCUUGCAAGCCAUGCCGCCGCGGCUGCGGCCAACACUCGUCCUCCUCAGGCGAUCCCAGAACCAAGCCGUCCUGUGCAGCCCCAGCCACCCCAGCAUGCCCGCUACGAUCCUUCGGCUUAUCCCAUGUUCGAAGGAGGAGGCGUGCCACACCAGCAGAUGCAAAAUGUCGGUGCUCCAGGUCCGUAUGGCGUUCAGCAGCAGCAGCAGCAGCAGCAGCAGCCGCCGCCGCCGCCCCCACAACAGAAUAUGGUAGUGGCACAGAAGCAAGCACCUGAGGCGCCCCAGCAACAACCGAAGGUCCGCAUCGGACUGGAUCAUUUCAACUUCCUGGCAGUUUUGGGUAAGGGUAAUUUCGGUAAGGUCAUGCUUGCAGAGACCAAGAGCACCAAGAAGCUCUAUGCGAUCAAGGUCCUGAAGAAGGAGUUCAUCAUCGAGAAUGAUGAAGUCGAAAGCACCAAGUCUGAAAAGCGGGUCUUCCUGAUCGCCAACAAAGAGCGUCAUCCCUUCCUCCUCAACCUUCACGCUUGUUUCCAGACCGAGACGCGCGUGUACUUCGUUAUGGAAUAUAUCAGUGGUGGUGAUCUGAUGCUCCACAUUCAGCGCGGCCAAUUUGGGCUCAAACGAGCACAAUUCUAUGCUUCCGAGGUUUUGCUUGCGCUGAAGUAUUUCCACGAGAACGGUGUCAUUUAUCGUGACUUGAAGCUUGAUAACAUUCUUUUGACUCUGGAUGGUCAUAUCAAGAUUGCGGAUUACGGUCUCUGCAAGGAAAACAUGUGGUAUGGUGCAACAACCAGCACCUUCUGUGGUACGCCCGAAUUUAUGGCGCCCGAGAUUCUCUUGGAUAAGAAGUACGGGCGUGCUGUCGAUUGGUGGGCGUUUGGUGUCCUUAUCUACCAGAUGCUUCUCCAGCAAUCUCCCUUCCGUGGUGAGGAUGAGGACGAAAUAUAUGACGCCAUUCUUGCCGACGAGCCGCUGUACCCCAUCCACAUGCCCCGCGACUCGGUCUCUAUCCUGCAGAAACUCCUUACUCGUGAGCCCGAGUUGAGAUUGGGCUCGGGUCCUACCGAUGCCCAGGAAGUCAUGUCCCAUGCAUUCUUCAGGAACGUCAACUGGGAUGAUAUCUACCACAAGCGUGUCCCACCACCCUUCAUGCCCACCAUCACCAGCCCGACAGAUACUAGCAAUUUCGAUCAGGAAUUCACAAGCGUGACUCCUGUCUUGACGCCUGUGCAGUCCGGUAAGGCACCAAUCCAGUAUGCAAGGUCAUUUCACAGCAGGCUAACAACUCUUUUUAGUCCUUUCUCAAGCUAUGCAGGAAGAGUUCCGCGGCUUCUCCUACACUGCCGACUUCGCAUAAACGUUCUCCGCGUGACUUCUCGACUGCCUGUGCUGAUUGCGCGUUUGUCUUGUCUCUACUUUGGCCUGAUGUGUUUCUCGGAUUCUUGAUGUUGCCGGUCUUUGGGCACCGUUUGCGCCGGUGUCUUUCACAUACCCAUAAGUGUUUUGAGUGCCAGUGUAAGCGUGGUGAUAGCUUUUGUGAAUGCAGACGGAUUGAUGGCUUC